AUGAACUCACCGUGGAUUGCACACGAUCCCAGCCGACGCAUUCACGACAGAGUGCAAUACCCUGAUCGAGACCAACUUGCAGAUGUUCCCGCCAAGGGCAGGGGAGAACAUGGCGGGCCUGGAAAGCCCAAGCCAUAUGAUCCCGGCUAUGGUGUAGGGAAGCCGAAGCCUCCCAAGCCGCACUUCCCUCCUCCCAAGCCCCACAAGCCUGAUCACCCUGGAAAGCCAGACUAUCCCAAGCCAGAAAAGCCAGAAAAGCCAGAAAAGCCAGAAAAGCCAGAAAAGCCAGAAAAGCCAGACCAUCCAAGCAAGCCCCAUAAGCCGUGGGAGAACAAGCCCGGCCAGCCUGGGAAGCCUCCUCACCCGCCUCCUAAGCAUCCUAAGCCGGAACCUCACUAUCCUCCUUCUAAGCCGCACAAGCCUGAGCCUCAUUACCCGCCUAAACCUCCUAAACCUGAUCACCCAGGAAAGCCCAACCACCCUGACAAGCCCGACUAUCCUGGACCCGGCAAACCUAGCCACCCAGGACAGCCUGACUACCCAGGUGGUAAGCCAGACCAUCCAGGCAAGCCUGAACAUCCAGGAAAGCCUGACUAUCCAGGACCUGGCAAACCUGAUCACCCGGGUAAACCUGAUCAUCCCGGUCCUGGUAAGCCCGGCUACCCUGAGCCUGGAAAGCCGGAUGGCCCUGGAAAGCCUGACUAUCCUCAACCUGGAAAACCAUAUGGUCCCGGUAAGCCAACUGGACCAGGCAAGCCUGAUAAGCCUUCUACUUAG